GACAUCAUGUCCUGCUACCGUCAUCUUGUGCUCUAGCCGUUACGGAGCUGUGUGUAACAGGUGAAGAAGCUCAGAGCAAGCUCCAAGUUCUUCCCCUACUCUCCAUCUGACGAGGCUGGGCGUGCUACCAGGCGACGCUUCGUCAACGCCGCCAACGGUCUUCGGCAUUUCCCGAACACAUUCAGCGCCGAACCUACAACUGACCCAAUCUACAACCAUGGUCAUGUUGAAUAUUAUAUUCUCGCCAAUAUGGUUGUUCGCUACCUUGGUAGCAGCCGUUUCAUACAGUCAAGAUACAGUAACAACCGAUCCCCAAUCAAGUCCUCCCACAUGGGCUGGCAGCUACCGUGUUGAGAUGCUCAUCUCUACGACUGUUUCUAAUGCGACAAUCAAUCUAUGUCCUGCUGAUAGCGACUUCAAAGAGGCUCCAGGAAAGCGGCCUCAAAGCACUCUUGUCAAUGUCACGACCUUGAACUAUCCCCAAAUUGAAAAUCCAGAGAAGUCAAUAGCUGUUCUAUCAUGCGAUCCAAUCACCGAAGGAUAUUUGACUCCGUCAAACAUUUUGACAACGUUGGUUACGAAGUCGCUCCUUGCAAUCAUUUUGAUAUCUCCAACACAAAAUUGGUGCUCCUUCGGCAAACUAAAAGAUAUCACACCAAAUCUUAUAUUCACAGUUUCAAGCGCCAAUGAUGCCAACAUACUAUUAAAAAUGAUGCAAACCGCAGAACCACAAUCGCAGAUCCGCGCAACUAUCAACCCUAACAGUUCCGGCAGUGGCGGCGGUACGUCGUCGGUGGCAAUGAGCAUCUUAUACGCCAUCACCGCUAUUAUUACAGCCCUUUUCAUAACCAUAAUCGUUACUGGCACUAUACGCGCUCAUAGAAAUCCGGAACGAUACGGGCCACGCAGCGGGCUCGGCAACCAACCAGCGCAAAGCCGCGCAAAGGGACUAGCCAGAGCUGUUCUUGAUACUAUUCCGAUUGUCAAAUUCAGCAAUAACCAACAACCAAAGCCAGAUCCCGAGAUUCAGUUAGAACAAGCAAAUGUUGCAACUACUACCGCUCAAUCUGCAUCUGAUGUGCUACCCACAGCGAUAGAGGCUCCUGCAGCCGACAAAGGUCCGGACAAUGGUACCACAUCGAUGUCUAGGGCGGAAACCACAGCUCCUGACAGUUCAGAAAACCAAGCUGGGACCUCGAGUGUAACGGGAAAUAGGGAAACGGAUCCUGACAGCCUUGGAUGUUCUAUCUGCACUGAGGAUUUCAACUUUGGCGAUGACGUGCGGGUGCUUCCGUGCCAACAUCAGUUCCAUCCCGAUUGUAUUGACCCUUGGUUAAUCAACGUAUCUGGUACUUGUCCACUUUGUCGAUUAGAUAUGCAACCUUCAGAACCUACUGGCAACGAUGGAUUACACCCAGCAUCUUUGCCUCCACCAUUGGCACUAGAUGAAUCCACACUCGGACCUUCGCUAUUUAGUCAAAGAGAGCGCCUAUUUCCUCGAAUAUUUGGUGCAAAUGCCCAUAAUGGCCAGGACACGCUGCAGGCAUCCCGAGAAGCACGCCAGGCUACUCUCGCAUCAACCACUGCCGUUGAAGCUUCUGAAGCUGACGCAGAGUCUCGUCGUGCAAAGCUUUCAGCGAAACUAAAAGAGCGGUUUCAUAUUCUCACUCGGACUCAGGCUUCUUAGGCUAUAACAUUCCAUCGCAAUAGGCGUAAUUUAUUAAUGGGUGGUUCUAUUCCGCGAUAAAAACACGUUUAUAAUUAUAUAGCAAUAUGUACAUGGCAUAAAAGUUCUUCUACUAUUC